AUGUUACUCCCUAUUCUCCUAGUUCUAUCAUUGACAAUCAACUCUGCCUUUUCACUGAACAAGAAAUGUCCUGGCAAGGAAAUGCUUCAUUUCAAACGGACCCCCACCGCGAAAAACAACUAUACUAGUGACUGGUGUGUAUUUACUAUUGCUUUCCCAAAAAUGGAUAAUCGCGACAAUGCUCGUUCGGUGUGCGGGUUUUUCGGUGCUUCGUUGACAAUUCCAGAGAAUCAACAGGAGUUUGACGCAAUUAAAAAAGCAUUGAAAAUAUAUGAGAACAUUACCGAAGGCCACAUCAUUGACGGAGAAAUCUCACCGCACUGCAAAGCGAAAUAUGCCAGAGAAAAGCACUUAUUCAUGAAGAACAAAAAGGACUGUGACAUACUUGGAAACGCAUUUAUUUUUGAUGACGUCAACACUGACCCAACCUUCAUAGUCAAACAGUACCCCUCCCUUUCACCAACAGAAUAUACAGAAGAAAAGAUUGAAGGAUUCAAGGAAAUACCAUUGAAAAUGUUUGGAUCUUGUUUGAGUAUUAUACAGGAGGAUUGGAAGCUCCAUUUGUUGUAUUGUGAUGGAAAUCAGAGAAGGCCUAAGGCGAAGACGAUCUUCAACAGUGUUGUGUGUGGCAUGCCUCCAGAGUGA